UAUUUCUUGUACGUACAUCUUUUACGAAUACGUUUUUGGUAUUAAGUUCCUAUUACAUAUGCGUAUUUUUUAAGUAAGCAGCCUAGCCUUAUAUUAAUCUUAGAAUGUUAAACAGGACGCACAUAGAUAAAAACAGCUUGAAUUUACAAUACUGCAUUGCGGGUUUUAAAUAAACAGCCAAUAAACUCUAUUGUUCUUUUAUCGAUAGACGUAUGUAUGGUAUCGAUACUUACAUGUUAGCAUAUUAGUUGAAUGUUUAUAAAAUGUUAAGAGUGACAUAAGAGAAGUUAUCUUAUCAAUAAACACGACUACUUAAAAAUCUGGUUAGAGGAAAUAUGUUGCGAAAACAAUCUGGAAAUUUAGUUCUCAGAGUUAUAGCUAUUGGUUUUAUUGCUGUGACCAUGAUAAAUAUGUAUCUAAGGAGUACAUCUUCGUUUAAAAGAACAACUAUUGAAUACAAUUACAAAAAUGACAAAUGGGUGAAUUUGUUGACUUAUUCCUGUAUUGCUAAUUGGUAUCCAAGGAUGCAAAAUGUAAUCAAAGAAAGCAAUUUAAACGAAUGUGUGCCUCUGAUUCAACAAAAUUUAUAUGAAAAUGUGACAGAUAGAUUAUUGAAAAAUAUGAUAACCAAAUGUUUUCACAGCGGAAUUAUGAAGAAUCCAGUUUUAUUCAAUAUAUCAUUUAUUAAGGAAUUUGUGAAAACUUUGAACUGUCCAUCGCCAAAGUAUUUGAACACACCAAUACCACUAGUUGCCUUAGCUAGUUACCCAGGUUCAGGAAACACGUGGACAAGAGAAUUGAUAGAGGCAGUAACAGGUAUAUUUACUGGCAGUAUAUACACUGACUGGAACUUUAAAGGUUCGGAAUUGUGUCCAGCUAGCGGAAAUAUAUACAUCGUGAAAACUCACAUUCCUAGUGAUGACGCCACAAGUCAUGCAAAAUGCCGAGAGAUUGGUGUUUCUACGUUGAAUUACACAAAGGCUGUUUUGAUACUUAGAAACCCAUACCAAGCUUUGUUGGCGGAAUUUAAUAGGCAGCAGUCAUUAAAAUACAGUGGGAACCCUGGCGUUGGCAUAGCUCCUAAAAGCGAUUUUAAGACUUCGCGAUGGGAGGAAUUCGUCAGAGUAGAGUCAGAAAAGUGGGAAAAAAUGGCAAUUUACUGGCUUUCAAAGUUUAGGAAACCAGUCUAUGUACUCGUUUAUGAUGACUUAUGGAACUACACUGCGAUUGAAAUGUACAAACUCUCACGUUUUUUAAAUAUAUCAGUGACAUUUAGCUCAUUAUAUUGUCUUUCGAGCAAAAGUGUAGGGAAUUUCAAAAGACGCAAACCAAAAUGGUUGACAAUCGAGACAUUAUUUGAUUCUCGUUUGAGGAAAGUUGUUAAUGACAAAAUAAGAUCGGUGCUGACAGUUUUUGAACUUCCGGAGUUAUACAGCUACAUUCUUUCAGAAUGCUAAGUUGGCCUUAGAGAAAGCAUUUUAUAGGAAACAUCUUCCUGAAUGUAAUAUACUGUUAUUUACUUUUAACGAACACACUUGGAAAUUUCGUUGCUUAAAACAAAAAUAGCUUUUUCUUCAGAACAUGGCAAUGAUUCGUCUUCUCGAUCUUUUCAGGGACGAAUAAUGAUAGCAUUAAUUCCCAUUAACCGUGACUUUACUUUCGAGUAAUUUCUAUUUGUUGGCAUCAACUACUUUGUGCAGAACUUACCUUGAAGACAUAUUAGUAAUAAAGAUAUGUAUGCUAGUA